AGCAUUUGAGAGCAAAAGUGUCGCCGCCCAAAACAAAAUCACGCGGAGUAAAAGUUAAACAGUUGUGCGAAGAGCAGAUCGAAGAGAUUAGUGUAAAAAAUUGACUUGAACAAUUAAAAUGCUUUAUCUACUGCUGCUCGGGCUAGUGCUGGUUUCGGCCAAGUGUCCCCAUGCUCAUCGGAAUCACAGACAAGUCAGAUAUUCACCGGCGCUGAUAAAUGAACUGCGGGACUUUACAAAGCUUAUACCAAGUGCCACCAUCGAUGAGCUGGUGGCAGAGCACUUGAUCACCGACUCGGGUUUCCGCAAGGCUGUGAAAUUUCUACGCAGUUCCGACUUCAAGCGAUUACAACAGCGCACUGAGGCCCUGCCAGAGGUCGUGGAGAUAGUCAACUUUGUGCACCUCAAUGAUACUGCCGUCCGGUCCAAAGUCCGCUGGUAUUGGCCCAACCACUCCCAACGCUACAGAAAUCAUAUCCAGCGUCGUAGUGUGUACAAUGUGCAGGGCUCUCGAUGGGACAUCAGCGAGGAGGUGGUUCUGGUGCUCAUCCAGCCGGAGGCAUCAUUUAAAGUGAAAUCUGUGAGCGAAUCAGUGGGUUCCUUUAUCAGCUUUGUCCAGGAUUUACUGACGCAUCUGCCCCGUGACCGCUUUGUGGCGCUCAUCAGUGAGAAGCGCCAGCGCAGUCCCAUAUUCGCCAAGUUCUAUGAGGCCCUACGGAGUGCACAGUUCAAAACAAUGGUGGAGGCAGCCAUGAGCUCAAAGAACGUGGCGAGUGUGAUCCGGGAGCUGUCCGGCCAUGAUAUUGAUGCGCAGAGCCUGAAAACAAUUGGCUAUGAAGUUAUCUCCUGGGGGCCAGCCUAGUGGGUGGUGCGGUUUCUUCUGUUCUUCCACAGCUGAGAUAGCCAAUAAAAGCAGAGGCAAAUUGUUUCUGAAC